CUCAGGUAAAAUCAGCAUCUGACCCUAAGAAUAAUCUCAGCUUUAAAAAUAUAAUUAUUAUGUUGUACUGUGGCUGUGUGUGCUUAUUUAUACACCAAAUAAAUAUGUCUCUGCAAACAUAUUUGUUAUCGCAGAUAAAUUACUCAGAUUCACACGAAGCAAGCUCAGCAUAAAGACUCAAAUUUAAAAAGUUACAACCAGACUAAUUUUGAUUUCUAGAAAAGCACGACACCUAGUGCAGUGUGUUAUUGUCCUGUGGCUGAACCUUGACCCCAGGUGACUCCUCCCUCCUGUCAGCUGAAGGAGAAAACUCGCUCCCACACGAGUCCUCCCUCUUUGCUCGCCGAUCUCCUGCGCGUGUCUGAACAUGCCGAGACACACCACGAGAGGGUGGAGACAGAAAAAAAAAAGAAAACAAGAAAAACCGGAGAGCAUGAGAGACAGAGAGGCAGAGGGAGAGAGAAGGUAGGAGAGUAAGGAGAAAGAGAGAGAAAGUAAAAGCAGACGGUAAGGUUCGAUGUCCGGAGACGGGCGAUAACUGGAAGGGGAGAGAAAGAAAUCUGUAAACGGAAGACGACACAGGCCGGCUCCUCGAUCUGCUAGAGACGCAUGGCGAAGACUGGCAACCGCAGCGCUUCAGAUCCUGCAGGAGAAACAUCAGAAUGAAUUAAGAGGACGACAAGUUACAACUGAAGCUCACUUAAAAGUAUUGCUUUUUUUUGUUUGUUUUAUCCUUGCGACUAAUCAAGGAACUCACCUGGAACAUUACCAGACCACAUCAACGGGAACCUUUCCUAAGAGUCAGAGUGAGACCGUUUGAAGCGGCAUGGGGUGUGAAGUUGAGAGCACCGACUCGUCUCCUGGACGUCAGAACCCCCGGAGCAAAUGAGCGGCUCAAUGUACGGAUACGGCGCCAGCUUGCUCCGGGGCCGGCGCUUCUACUGCCGGGAAUGGGCCCUGGACAAGCUGAGGCGCUGCCUGGACGCCCGCCCCGCGUCCGGCCAGGCGGCGGGGCUCCUGGUGACGGGGGGCCCCGGUGCCGGCAAGACCGCCCUGUGCACUGAGGUGGUGUGGCCCACCUCGGACUCGGGCCUGGCUGCGGGCCUGGCACGGCGCUGCCUGGCGUCCCACUUCUGCCACAGGGAGGACCAGAGGAGCACGGUGCUGUGGAGGUUCGUCCUGGGCCUGGUGGAGCAGCUGAGGGCCUCCCCGCUCCUCCCUGCUGGCUAUGAGGAGACCCUGAGGGGUCCGGCCGUGUCUUCUGCCCUGGAGCCCCUCAACUGUCAAAAAGACCCCGAGGACACCUUCAAGAGGGCAGUUUUGGAACCGCUGCUGGACCUCCCUCCACCUGCCCAGACCCUGAUGAUAGUGGUAGAUGCUCUGGAUGCUCAGUGUGCACCAGGCCAAAGAGUUGGGAAGAGCGGCUCGAUUGCACAACUCUUGGCCAACAAUCAGCAUCUCCUGCCCAGCUGGUUGCUGUUGGUCUGCUCCAUCCGCCGCCAAAACAAAGAUGUGUGCAAGAUGUUCUCGAGCUUCCGGAGACUCUGCCUGGAUGAUCUACGGAAGCCGCCAACGGUCCGUGACGUUCAGCAGUACAUCCUCUGUCGUCUGGAUGAGGAGGCAGCGCUGCGGCGUCAGCUCACCCCUGACACUGCAGACAUGCUCAAUCUCCUGCACAUAAAGAGUGGGGGCUGCUUCCUCUUUCUCGAGCGAGUGUUGGAUGGCGUGGCAGCUGGGCUCGUGGGACUUCGAGAAAUUCGAGACAUCCCUGGGACUCUCAAUGGACUCUACCUUUGGCUCUGCCAGAGACUCUUCCCUCGGGCCCUCUUUGUCUAUGUCAGACCUCUCCUCAAUGUGCUCUUGGCUGCUCCAAGUCCACUCACAACUCAGCAACUAUUUACAGCAGCCUGGACUCAGGACACCACACUCAACGUCCAGGACUUCCAAAACAAGCUUCAUACACUGUCUCCCCUCUUGAUCGAUGGCCCUGAGGGGACCAAGCUACUUUUUCAUGCCAGCUUUACAGAGUGGCUGACUGAUGUUAAAUACUGCACGCAGAAGUACCUCUGUAACCAGACUGAAGGCCAUAGCAUGCUUGCCAUGUCUCUGACUCUACAAGGACCCCAUCUAGACCCCGAGGGUGCAUGUCAGUUAGCCACACACUUAGUUUGCUCGGGUCACCAUAAAGAAAACCCCUCAUUAUUAGCACUCUGGAUGCUGUGGACAGGCCUGCCUCCUCUCACUGCCAGCUGCAAUGAAACCCUCUCCACAUCCUUUGCUCAACUUCCUCCACUGGUCAGUCAGGAAGUCCCUCAGCUGUUAAUGAAAAGCGGACUUCUUUCGCCAGCCCGUAUUUCCGACAAGGAGGCCAGUGUCUGCACGCGCUUCCCAGUUGAGCAAGGAGAUCCAUUAGACACAAUGGAGAUGGAGGUGUCAGUAAAGAAACUGCUAGAUAGUGGGCACUCUGUAAACCAGCUUGAAUCUUCUGGACAGACCUUGCUUGCGAAAGCGGCUAUUGAGGGUUCUGCAAACGUAGCUAAAUUUCUUCUAGCACAUGAGUCUGAUCCACUCAUAAGUGAUCAUCACGGUCAAACUCCUUUGACUUUGGCUUCCAGACAGGGUCAUGUCAAAUUUCUGUCUAUCUUACUAGAAUGGAUGAAAAGCCAGAGCACGGAGACUGCAGUGGCAAUGAUGGAGCACAUUGACAAUGAAGGCUGGACGGCAUUGCGCUCUGCAGCUUGGGGAGGACACUGUGAGGCUGUCCGGUUACUUCUGGAUGCAGGGGCAGAUGUAAAUGGAUGCGACAGUGAGGGACGUACUGCCCUCAGAGCAGCUGCAUGGGGUGGUCACGAGGAAAUUGUCCUCACCCUGCUGGACUAUGGUGCACAAAUUAAUAAAGCUGACAGCAAUGGCCGUACACCCCUUAUUGCAGCUGCCUACAUGGGCCAUCCCGAAACCGUCGAAAUAUUGCUGAACCACAAUGCAGAAGUCAACCUAGCUGAUGGAGAUGGACGUACUGCCCUGUCAGUUGCUGCUCUUUGCGUCCCGACUGCUGCAGCGAUCAAAGGUUAUGGAGAGGUAGCAAGUCUAUUACUUGAACAUGGGGCAGAUCCAGGCCACAGAGACAACGAUGGAAUGACGCCACUGCUUCUUGCGGCCUAUGAAGGCCACGAAGAUGUGGUUGAGCUUUUGUUGGAAGCUGGUGCAGAUGUAGAUGAAUCGGCUGGCCCUGAUGGAAGCAUUUCUGCCGCAGCUGCUGUCACACCGCUGUUGGCAGCUGCAGCGAUGGGUCACAUGAACACAGUGUCCAAGCUGCUCUUCUGGGGUGCAGAUGUGGAUGCCAUCGACUGUGAAGGCAGGACGGCGCUGUGCCUGGCAGCAGCAAGGGGCAGCUUGGAAGUAGUCCGUGCCUUACUGGACCGAGGGUUGGAUGAGAAUCAUAAGGAUGACCUUGGCUGGACCCCACUGCAUGCUGCUGCCUGUGAAGGCCAUCGUGCCGUAUGUGCUGCUUUGACAGAUCAAGGGAGCAUGGCACGAAUAGGAGAGAUGGACAUAGAAGGACGCACCCCUCUUAUACUGGCAGCCCAAGAAGGCCACCUGAGUGCUGUCAAGCUACUACUUGACAAACGUUCUCUGAUUGAUCACAGGGCGUAUGACGGACACUCUGCAUUGAGUGCUGCAUUUCUGGAGGGCCAUACUGAGGUUGCAGAACUGCUUAUGAAGAGAGGGGCUGAUACCGAUGUGCGCGAUGCAGAAGGUCGGCCUCUGCUCUACCUCCUGGUGCUCGAAGGUCAUCUUGAUAUGGCCACUCUUGUCAUAGAAAAAGGAGGCGUGCCACUUGAAUCCAGAGACUCCGAGGGCCGCACAGCUCUUCAUGUGGCUUCCUGGCAGGGCAGUGUGGAGAUUGUAGACUUACUUUUAAAACACGGGGCAAACCCCAAUGCACAAGACGCUGAAGGGAGACCACCAAUGCAUUCUGUGGCCUGGACAGGAAAUGGAAAAGUAGGACAUCGUCUCAUGGAAGCAAACAGUGUACAUAUAGACCUUGCUUGCCAUCAAGGGGCAACGGCUCUGAGCAUCGCAGCUCAAGAAGGACAUGUUAACAUUGUGAAAAUGCUUCUGGGAAAAGGUGCAAAUCCCAAUCACAUAGAUAAAUAUGGUCGUAGUCCAGCCAAAGUGGCUGGAAAACAUGGGCAUGUUACAAUCGUACGGCUCUUGGAGAGCUAUGGAGCUAAGCCAUACCUGGGCCUGUUGCCUAAUUCUAGUACUGUAUCUCCUUCAAAACCAAACAAGAUCCUCUCGUCGGGAACGUUGGAGGGUAACGGAGUCGAAGUGACGGCUACUACCUCCUCCUCGUCAGUGUCCUCUCCCGGGUCCACUGGAGAACGAUUCCACUCCAUGCAAAGCUCCCAGACCUCGUCUACAUGCCACUCACUUGCUACAGUGCAGACAGUGCCAGCCGACAGCAUCAGUUUUAUCCAGCAGAUCCAACAGCAUUCACUGCCGCGCAGCCGGAGCCGACACUCCACCCUCCCUCCGCCGGGGGGCUCGGGCAUGGGAAGUCUCCAUGGAAGUAGCCAGAGGCUUACAAAAUGCCUCCCCCCGCCUACUGUUUGCACCGUUACGGCUAUGGUACACAACUGUGAACCCCCUCAGAAAGGUUUGUCUUCUGGGCUUGAGUACCUUGACAAGAAGAACAAACAAAGCUCAAACUUGAUUAAAGCAGAAAGAGCUGCAGGUGGUAGAUGGAACUCAGUCAUGGCUUCUCUUGGUAUAAUGCCAAGCAAAGACAGCCCUCUCAGUGCAAAAAACAGAGAGAUUCCUUCGUUGGACUACCCAUACAGACUACAGAGCCCAUCCCAAGUGGAAGCUUGGGAUGCCCUGCCCCAGAACAUUUUAGCACCUGUUUGUUACAGUUUCUCCCCAACCCCACCUAGCAGUGCCUUGACAGAUGAUGUUAUGGUCACGACAGACCCGCACCUUAAUCUCAAACAGGCCAUCAAGCUACAGUUUGAGGGCCCCACCAGUGCAGCCUUAUAUAAAAGAGAGACACCCCUGUGAGCAGGGAGUGAAGAAGGUUACUCAGUCUUUGGUCUUUCUUCAUAAACCUUUAGGAUUUCUUUUAUUCAAGCACGUGAUCAACAGUUAGAAUGAUAGAUGAACAUAUGUUUCUUUUUUAUGGUUCAAAGAAGACAUCUGAACUCAUUGCAUUCAGAUACAGGUGUAUGAGAUCUUUUGUCACUUUUUUCACAAAACCUUGAGAAAAAUCUAGGUUUUUGAUUAAAAAAACGAAACAUUUUUUGCAUAUUCUUUGCCGUUUUUUUGUUGUGGAGUAAGUUCUUUCCCCUCCACCCUGAACUGUCAUAACUCAACAUUUUCUCAAUGGAACAAAUUUUUCAAUUUUAGUGUAGUUUAAUUUAUUUUCUCCUUCAGAGCUGAGAACUCUUCCCAUCAUUUUUCAAAUGAAAAAUUAACCUUUGUUUUUUCAAAAACAGAAAGGCUUUGGUUUUGAUUUUCCUUUGAAUCGGCUAAUAUUUUUUAAAGAACUAAGACUACAUCCUUCGCUACUUCUACACAUAUUACAAAAAUAAAACAAAACAAAACAGUGAAUUUGUACCUGCUGAAGCCUGCUGCUGUGUGGGCUGCUGAUUCAGAAAUCCACAGACGACGACCUGACCUGCCCGCAGUUUGUCUGUGAGCAAAGUUAAAUCUGAAUCAGUAAAAUUUGGUGUGAAUGUGGGAGGAUCGUUGGGAGACUCGCAAAGGAUCUUUUGUUUGUUUUGAUAUUUUUUUAACUCUGUUAAUAUUAAUUACACUCAACAAUUAAAAUUGCAACCAAUGCUUCGAAAUCUCA